CUUCAAGCGUCAGGACCCGUUACUCGGGCUCUCGGCUCUGCUCCGGUAUGGCCCACGGCUGCGUGGGGAACUGCGCGCCCAUCUUCUACCUGGCUUUGGUGUUUGACGCAGCGGGUCUGGUGGUUCUCCUGGUUGGGAUUUUCGGAAACCUGAGGCUGGACGGUCGGUUUUAUGGGGAUUUCCUCAUCUACACGGGUUCACUCAUCAUCUUCCUCAGUCUGGUGUGGUGGGUUCUGUGGUACACGGGGAACGUGCAGAUGUACACGGAGGAGAAGAGGGGUUCCCUGGACAGCACCUUUGCGCACUGGGCCAGGAAGCUGUCCGAGAGGCUGUCCAUGAGGGGCGUCAAGACCCUGGAGGAUGAGAAGAAGCACAGCAUCGGGAACGGGAAGGACAUGAACGGGACGGUCCGUGGGCCGUGUCGGGUUACGUGGGAUGACCCCGGCGGCGGAUCCGAAUCGGGUCACGAUAACAAAGGGUUUGAAGUGGGGACUGAGGGCGCACCGGCUGACAAAAAUGUGGAGCUGGGGGUGUUGAGGGGCUCGGAUGUGGAUCUACAACCGAUGGAGGGCAAAGCAGAGAGGCUUCUCUGACAGGAGAUGGUGGUGUCCAGCUUUCCAUUUCAAAGGAUGGGCUUUCAUCUUUAUGCUGCGUUUACAGCCUUCAGACUGAAAAACAGACUGAAAUCAAUGAGCUUAUGAACUGAAGUCACUUUGUUCAUUUUUUUGUUUUCUUUUUAUUUUGUUGUUGCUAAUGGGGAAGACACUUUCUCAACAAUCAGGGAAAAGCCUUUCAUCCAGCAGAUGGGCUGUGCACAGAGGAAGAAAAGGUCUUACAUGUACAUAGUAAAUUUCUAUUUUUGUUUAUUUUUAUGUUUAUAUGUUGUAACAGAUGUAAAUUAUUUUGCUUAAAAAUUUGAAUAAAGUUUACACAGAAGUGGAUUGUACUGAGGGUGUUACCGCACAGGA